AUGCUUCUAAUGAAUACACUUGGAUCCAGCAAGAGUUCCUCUAAAUUUGAAAUCGAUGAAAUUAUCAACCGUUUUCUGAUUUCUGUGAGCGAACGAGAGAAGUUUCUGGGAGUUUUGGCACUUUUGAUGAAGAUUCAAGUGGAAAUGGGAAAAAAACACUCUGAAAAUCAGGAGCGUCUCGUUCAAGAAGGCAUCAAUCGCAUCGAAGAAGCCGUCAAAUCCUCCUCUUCUCUACGUGGAGCGUUCUACGAACAUAUGAAAAUAGUGCUCCAACAACAUAAAAGAGCCGAGGAGAUUCGAUUUAUAUCAGAAUGGUCAUUGGAUUUAUUGAAACGAUUCAAAGAUAACUUUUUCGAGUUUCGAGAUUCUCCUGAUUCAGAUAUGGGUGAUCCCAAUUCCACGUGGAUUUUGAAGCCUGAUCCGGAAAGAUUGCUGGAAAUCGCACCGAUGUUUGAGUUGAUUAAAGAGUUGCUAGUAGUGAAAAUGAGAUGGAGAGAAGAGGAUCAGGACACGGUCACUUCUAGUUAUGAGAUAUGUGUUAUAAAGGAUUUGAACUUUGCUUUUGAAGCCACCUUGCCCUCCCAAGAUCACGAAAUCCCGACCGCCCGUGACUCGAAACUCAAUCAUCUCUUCUUUCUUGUCCAAUGGUGUCGAACGAUUCUCAACGCCUUCUUGGCUCAAACAUCAACUGACUUCUUGUCAUCUGAUGACGUCUCCAGGCUAACAACAAGAACCUUCAAACUUAUGAUGGAAGCGGAGAAGAAACUAGCUGCGAGCUUGAUAGGAAUUGCCACGUGGCAAGUGCCAAAUCUCAAAUUUCAGACGACGAAAAAGGAGGAUUUGGUGGUGGUGAAUACGGAGAAAACGGUGAAAAGUAGAGGGAGAAAGAGGAAAAGUGAUGAGACAGUGAGGGAGCAGACUGUGACUGAAGAGGAUAUGGUUAUGCAAGAAGCAGAGGAAGCUGAAGAAGUGGAGAAAGAACUUCCAAAUGUGAAAUCUCAACUGAAAUCUCACUAUGUUUGCUUGAAACUCCGUCCACUUGUCCAUAUACUGAAGUUGGCUGAAAAUAAGCGAUCUUGUUUGAAAUAUCUCUGCGAUGAGAUCCAAGAUGUCUUUGAUCAUAUUAUUAGACAAAAAAAGAAGACGCCGCCAAUGAUCGCCUCCCGUUCCAGCACAUCCCCACAGUCGCAACUGGAUAAAAUGUAUCACGGAGACGCGGUGACCGUAUGGUUUUGUGUGAAGAAGGUGACCGAACAAGUGUGGGGAAUCGUGGAACUCGUCUUUGAAUUCUUCUCGGCACUCCCCGAUGCGAGUCAACAGCCGUCUGUGACAAUGCAGAAAGAUCUGGAGGAGUUGGGCGAGAAGAGCUUGAAAUUGAUGCAUUGUAUACUCAGUGGAGACUUGUAUGGAGCCGAGGAGAAACUGACGUCGACGGAGAAGUCUGAGAGGAAAUCGGUGAUAAUUCGAAUCAUUGAGAAGAAGAUGCUUGCCGAGGAGAAUCGAUCGAAUGAUGUGGAGCAUGCGAGGGUUGAAGUAGGGAAGUAUUUAGCGAAAUCGGCGGAAUUCUCACCGACACCCGCUGUCGCUGUCGCGAUUUUGAAUGUUUUUGAAGAUUUGAAGCUCGAUGAGGAUGAGCAGGCGGAGACCAGGAAGGAUAUGGCAAAAUACGCUCUUGCUUACCUCAAAAAGACUGGAGCAAAGUCGACGAGCAAUGGGCAAAAGGCACCAAAUAUACCAACGCCGUUCUUGGUGCCGGAGGAUGAUAAGAGGAAGUCGUGUGUCUUCUCUCAACAAUCGGAUGAUGAUCUGCUGGAGAGGGAGGAUAAGCGAGCAGUGUUUUAUUGUAUUUCGAAGACAACUUUUGGAACGAUUUUUAAGACGAUUUUUAGUAGUAUUAACGCCAGAUGCCUCAAAUAUGAUAUGUCACUGACUGCCGCGAAGAAUAAAGGAAUCGAUGAGGAAGAGAGUUUGGAACUAUGGGAGACGGCUUCUUCUUCAUUCUUGGUGCUUUGUCUUCUCCUUCGAAUCAAUAAAAUUCGAACCACCGCGAUUCUGACGACGGCUGUCAGAGAAGGCAAGCAAUUCUUGCUCACCGUCUCCAAGAAGAGCUCUUUUAUCUAUUUGAUGGACAAUAUUACGAAAGGAAGCAACUUUGAAGUGAUUUCUAGAAAAAUUGAGAAGAUUCUUAUGGCGGUGCAGCAGGGAAAUCGAGUGCUGCAAAGUAUUGGAACUUAUGCAAAAACUAAUAAAUGCGUGCACUUGCUCAAGAAGUUCCCAGAGCUUCGAGCUGAAAGUGAGAACUGUCUCCGUGUCAUUCACUCGGCGAUGGUGAAAAAUGAAUGUUUGAAUGCAUUCACAGUGGGACUUGUGAAGAGUAGAAGUAUUGACGGUGAAAUAAUCACGAAUCAACCGAAUAGUCCGAUGGAUUCGGAUGAAGAAUAA